AUGAUUUACUUUCUGGCAGAAUAUUGUCUGGACUCAUUAAAUGAAAGCUUCUUUAAAAGUGUGCAGGAGAUUUUAAAUAGCAACUAUGCUCAUGUGUCGUACAUUCCCUCAAUCUGCAUCUACAUUGCCCUGGUUGGCGUGAACACUCUUGAUAUUUCAAUUGUCCUAUCUCAAAUACUAUUUCUUUACAAUCUAUUUAAUAAAAUUAACAUAAAGUUUGAAAAGUUGAUACAAACAACACUUUCCUCAGAAAAAAACACUUCCAUCAGCAACAGUGAUGCUUUUAGGAGUAUUUUUGAUAGGGAUGGACUUUACAGGCAUGUACACUCGUUUAUCAGCUAUGUUCCUGUAAUUCCAAUAAUCAUUUCAAUGAGCCUGCAUAUUGCCUAUGUUUCACCCACAAACAAGUUUAGAUCACUACUCGGCAGGAUUCUUUAUUCGAUUGUGGCACACAUCGGCUCGUCCCUGUUUACCAAUCUUAUUAUUAGAAGCGUCUUUGAGUUUGUUCUGUCAUACUUUGUGAUGGCGUUCAUAUCAAAGUUCUAUCUUUUAUCGAAAUACAAGACUGCAUCGCUAAUCUUAGCCUUUUCUGGAACAUACUUUUUUGUAAAGACAUAUCGUAAAUCAGAGUUUUUCGCCAGUUUCAUGACACAUCAGUUUGUGUUCGGGCUUGAUUUUUACAAGCUUCCUGAAAAGAACACAAUUCUUUCCUAUAUCGGAUUUUUUAUUAUUUUUAUGGCUUCGUUUCUGUUUCAAAGGCUGAUCGGAUUACUGUUUAAUUUCCUGAUUGGAAAGAAGAAGAUGCGUUAA